CCAAAAAACAAUAUAAAUAUAUAAAGUAUAAAUAAUAAAAACACAUCAAUCAAAAGUACGAGUGCAGUCCAUGGAGGGUUAUAGCUGAGGCCUGAGCUUACAUCGCUAUCUACACAUUAGCUCCAGGCACACACAGGGUAAGGUUGCACCAUGAACUUCAAUAAGUUCAAGGAAGGGCUCAGUAAAGCCGGCGAUAGUAUCAAGUCUGGCGUGUCAACUGCUGGAGAUAGCAUUAAAUCCGGAGUAUCGACAGCACAGAGUAAAUGGAAGAAUGUUAUAAAUAACAAUGAGAAUGAUGACUCAGAUCAAGGAAAUAGCAGUGGGACAAUCAGUAGUGGAAGAGACACGGAGAGCACGACUUCGAUAGCCGUCGAGCCAGAUACUAUAGAGUUGGCCACGGAAUCGGACGAUGUUGGAUUAAUAGAUGGCGUACGACAAGAGGUGGCGACCUGGUUCAAUCUAACGCGUGCACAGAGGUACCAGGCAUUCGCCCUUUCUUUCGGGAUAGGCGUUAUAAUGAUCUUGCUAGGGGUGCUAGCCAUAGGCUUUGGCAAUCUUAGCUCCUUCGCGGUGUUGUACAGUUUAGGGAACAUCCUACUGUUCGGCAGCUCGUUCUUCCUUUCUGGAUUUGUGGGACAUCUAAAGGUCAUGUUCUCUGAGGGACGCGCCACGGCCAGUGCUGUCGCAUUGGGCAGUAUAGUACUCACACUUUUUGCUGCGUUUUGGUGGAAGUCGAAGAUCCUGGUCCUGUUGUUUGUCUUCAUUCAAGUCGGCGCCAAUCUGUGGUACAGCUUGUCGUAUAUCCCUUACGCCAGGGCUUGGGUGACAAAGAUACUGUCGAGGACGCUAGAUGAUGGCCAAUAGCUGUGCCUGGUAGCGAACGCGUGGGUCUAACCGCAUUAGACCGAGCUGACCGACACACUAUACGCUAUAUUUAGAAUACAGACUCUAUAUUUAGAACUAUCACAACAUACCGGGACUCACUGUGUGAGGACUGCUAUGAGCUCAUAGGAUCUGUAGAAUUCGGGCAGAAAAUUACUACAAUUUCGAGCCUAUGCUAUAAAAGCUGCCAAUUUUGGAUCGAAAUUACGGC